AUGUCAGGCCGGUUUGUGAGAGCGUCAAAGUACCGGCACGUCUUUGGCCGGCCGACGCGGCGGGAGCAAUGCUACGACAACCUGCGCAUCAGUAAGAAUGCGUGGGACACCAACCUCGUCAAGGCGAAUCCCAAGUACCUCGCCGUCAACUGGGAAGCGAGCGGCGGCGGCGCAUUCGCCGUCAUCCCGCUGGAAGAGAAGGGCAAGCUGCCCGAGCAGAUACCGUUGUUCCGCGGGCACACGGCCACCGUGCUCGACACCGACUGGAACCCCUUCAACGACUCCAUCAUCGCGUCCGGCUCCGACGACGGCAAGGUGUUCCUGUGGGAGGUCCCGCGGGACUUCACCCUCUUCACUGAUGCAGACGAGCCGGCGGAUGUGAAGCCUGUGGGCAAGCUGAGCGGGCACUCGCGCAAGGUCGGGCAUGUGCUCUUCAACCCCGCGGCGGAGAAUGUGCUUGCGUCGAGCUCGGGCGACUAUACGGUGAAGCUGUGGGAUCUCGAGGACGGCAAGUCCAAGUUGACGCUGAAGCACAACGACAUCGUGCAGUCGCUGUCGUGGUCUGCGAACGGAGACAUGUUGGUUACGACGUCGCGCGACAAGAAGCUCCGUUUUUGGGAUGUGCGGCAGGAGAAGCCGGCGCACGAGGUGGCCGGGCAUGCCGGCGCGAAGAACAGCCGAUGUGUGUGGAUGGGCGAUCUCGACCGCGUGGCGACGACGGGCUUCUCGAAGAUGAGCGAGCGACAACUGGGCUUGUGGGACAUCCGGAACCCCGAAAAGCCCGUCGGCGGAGACUUCACGCUGCUCGAUUCCAGCUCCGGCGUGGCCAUGCCCUUCUGGGACGACGGGUGUCACAUCCUCUACAUUGCCGGCAAGGGCGACGGCAACAUCCGAUACUACGAAUACGAAAAUGACAAGUUUGAGUCGUUGAGUGAGUACAAGUCGGCGGAGCCGCAGCGAGGCCUGGCGUUCAUGCCGAAGCGCGGAGUCAACACCCACGAAACCGAGAUUAUGCGCGCCUUCAAGACGGUCAACGACAGCCACAUCGAGCCCAUCUCCUUCAUCGUGCCCCGCAAGUCGGAGAGCUUCCAGGAAGACAUCUACCCUCCCACCGUCGGCACCAAAGCAGGGACAUCCAGCGCCGAAUGGCUAAGCGGCAACUCCGCUCUGCCACCCAAAUUCUCCAUGGAAGAUCUCUACGACGGCAAGGUGCCCACACAGGUUGCCGUGAGCGCCACCACCGCACGAUCAGCACCGCCUCCUGAACCCGUGGCCGCACCAUCUCCCGUUAAGGCGCCGGAACCAAAACCUGAGCCGCCAGCACCAGCGCCGGUUGCAGCGCCGUCGGGCUCAGCGGUGGCAGGCACCAAGCUGUCAAUGUCCAACCUGGCCUCCAAAUUCGCGGACAAGGGCGAGGCGGACAACGACGAUGACAGCAGCUCAUUCGAGGAGAUUGAGAAUCCCCAGCAGCGACUCGGCGCAGUCAGUUCGGGAAGAGCAGCGCCGAAGACCGAUAUGACUAGCCCGGCUAAUGAGCCCGUGAUCGAGCGCGCCCCUCCUGCAACUGCAUCUAGCCUCCCAGCUGCCUCUAGCAUAAGCGAAAAACCACCUGCGGCAAUACCGGUCGAGCCGGCGAAGGAGGAGGCCUUGCCUGCAGCUUCCAGCGUGGUGAGCUCCGCGGCAGGCGGCCUGCGGGACGUCCUGCAAGACAUCAAAGCGCUGCUGCAGUCCCAGGGGCGACAAAUCGAGCAGCUGACGAGCGAGGUCGCCGAGCUCAAAGCCAAGGUUGGGAGCCCGUAG